CUAUUCUGAUGAAUAGUUGCAAGUCAAAGGAUGGCCUGAAAGCGAGAAAGGAUUUACAAGAUAUGGGUAUUCGAAGCAGUUUACAUGCACAAGUAAGGGGGAAGAGAACUUAUCUGCCUCCAGCUGCGUUUUGGCUUUCUAAAGAGGAAAAAAAAAUAUUCUGCAGAAGAUUAUCCAACUUCAGGGGCCCUGAUGGAUAUUGUGCUAAUAUAUCCAAUUGUGUCUCACUGGAUCCUCCUUCUAUAGGCGGCAUGAAGUCACAUGAUCAUCAUGUUCUUAUGCAGAAUCUGUUUCCGGUUGCGUUGAGAGGUUUACUUCCAAAAGGACCUCGGAUUGCAGUGACUCGUAUGUGCAAUUACUUCAACAGACUCUGCCAACGUGUUCUUGAUCCCGAGAAGCUACUUGCUCUAGAAUCAGAGAUUGUGGAGACAAUGUGCCAGUUUGAGAGAUUCUUUCCACCUUCUUUGUUUGAUAUCAUGUUUCACCUUCCACUGCAUCUGGCAAGAGAAGCACGAUUGGGUGGCCCUGUACACUUCAGGUGGAUGUAUCCAUUUGAGAGGUAUAUGAAGACACUAAAGGCUUAUGUGAAGAAUUUCGCAAGACCUGAAGCUUGUAUGGCGGAGGGUUAUCUAGCUGGUGAAUGUCUUGCAUUUUGUAUGGAGUUCUUACAGAAAUCGGUUCCAGUUGAGGAGCCUCUGACAAGAAACGAAGAUUUAGAGGCACAUGAAAAUGUACUUGAAGGCCGCCCUCUGCAAAAAGCUACAGAAGUGAAACUUACUGAUAAGGAGAGAGAUACAGCUCAUUGGUAUAUCCUCAUGAAUACUGCAGUGAUGGAUCCUUAUGUUCAGAUGCAUUUAGAGGAACUGCAAGCUAAAGAUGAAAGAUGUGCAAGAAAUGAAACGAUAUUAUGGAAAACUCAUACAGAAAGGUUCUCGACAUGGAUAAAAGAUAAGAUACCAAAUAACUCAAAAGAUCAUUCUCAGCGGCUCAGAUGGCUUGCUUUUGGACCAAGGAAUGUCGCACACACCUACAAGGGAUAUAUAGUUAAUGGACAUCGAUAUCAGACAGACGAUAUCAAAAGGAAGACUCAGAACUGUGGGGUUUCAAAUGAAGCAUUCUCCAUGUGCAGAGCUAGUGCGAAAGAUUCGAAUCAAAUGGCGGACAUGGUAGCAUACUAUGGAGUCAUAAAGGAGAUCAUCUUGCUUGAUUACCACAUGUUUCAGGUGCCUCUGUUUAAGUGUAGUUGGGCACAUAAGGGGAAAGGUGUUAAAGAGGCAGACGGUUUUACACUUGUGAAUCUCCACACGAACCAGUCAGCAUUUGUUAAUGAUCCAUACAUUCUGCCUUCUCAAGCUAAACAAGUUUUUUACUCAAGAGAGGAUGACAGCUCUCCUUGGUAUGUUGUUAUGAGAGCACCUCCGAGAGGAUACCAUGAGUUAGAAACUGAAGAGGAAAUUUGUCCUACAACGUUAACAGUCCAGCAUGAUGAAGAUAUCGGAGAUCACGCUUCAGAUGAUGAGAGUUGUUGUGUUAGGAAUGAUUGUGAGGGUAUUAUUUUAUAA